AUGUGUCGUUACAGGAAAUCAGUCUUCCAGUGCAACCACUCGCAAGUCUCCCCUAGACCGCAAAAGCCAUGCCAAGACCAACUCGACUUCAUCGCGGGAAAACGUACAGAGCCCUGUGAAACGGUAACCACACACAUCAGCACCACAGUCCGCGUCCCGCAGCUCUGCGAGGAUUGCGAGAGCCGCAAGACGAGAAUCGAUGGCAAGUUAUCAAAUGUGAAGACUAAGAUGAACGAGCUCAAACGACAGCUUAGCGAAGCAUACGGGGAUUGCGUGAAGCACGUUUCUGAGUCCGGUCUUGAGUCCGAGGCCAAGGUUGAGGACGAGAAAGACGGGAGCGAGGCAGAGCCUGGACAGCUCGAUCCAGAGGAAUUUCUUAGACGGGUCAGGAAUGAGGAACACUCGCAUCUGAUGAUGUUGGGUAGUUCUCGCAGUAAGUAG